GUUCCGCAUUCACAUACAGAACACACCGAGCAACAUGGCUGCUGUAGGCAGCUUAGUGAACAAUUUGGCUUGUCUUUGGAGACAGCCAUGUACCCGUACUUAUUUGCCGCAUUUAUUCUUUUGUAUUUCGUUUGUAGGAUCUAUUUUGAAAAAACUGGACCUUGUGCGAGAGAGCUACUUCAGUAACAGUAGAAACCUUUUAAAUGUAUAUUUUGUGAAAGUUUCUUGGGGAUGGACCAUCGUUCUGCUUCUGCCUUUCAUCUGUCUCUCCAACUCUUACAACAGAAGCCUCACAUUUGUUUUAAAACGAUUGACAUCAUUGGUGGUGGCCACCCUCAUUUGGUUGAUCUGUACUGAGACUUUUUUCUACAUUGAAGACAUUACAGGUUCAUGCUACGAGUCCAGCACCAUGCAAGUUAUCCAUCAUGAUGCCACUAAGGCAGUGUGCAAGAAAGCUGGAUUCAUAUGGGAUGGCUUUGACAUAUCAGGACAUUCUUUUAUCUUGGCUUACUCUUCUCUUGUGAUUGUGGAAGAAAUGGUGCCCAUGUUACACUUAACACAUGUUUACAGAAACACUCCUCUUGAUUGUCUUUAUGUGGCACUCAAUGUGAUAGUGGUCAUCUGGAUAUGGAUGUUCGGAUGUACAUCUGUGUAUUUUCAUCAUAUCAUCGACAAGCUCCUGGGGACCUCAGGUGGAAUAUUGGGGUGGUAUGUAACUUAUGUUGUUUGGUACCCGAAGCCCUAUUCUCCAGGUCUACCUCCACAACACAAUGAGCAGAAACAACAUGCUUAGAACUAAAAACCUGCGUAGACCAUGCAGUCAAUGCUACAAGUGCACUCUGAGUUAAUGCUUAUUCACAUUAAAUCCGUGAAGAUUUUGCGAGACUUCCUUUACACACUACAACAAGCCUCACAUAUUUGCACUGUUUGUGUUUUUUGUCCCUCUGAAAGGUCGCAUAGAACGUUAUGGUGGCUGUACAUGUGAGGUGGUAGGCAGCUGGUGUUCCUAAAAUGACAAUCUGUAAUCUGAGAGAAAUUUUAUGAAUGGCAUGGACAUCUAGAGGUUACAUCAAUCCUCUGAUCCUUAUUGUUGCCUUCCAAAGUUCUGUGACUUUACACAGAGGUUGAACAGUAAAUCUGACAGUAAAUAUAGCUUAUACAUUAUUAGUCUGCUGCAACUUUUUUUGUAAUCAACCUGCCAUGUUCAAUUUAGCUGCCUUCGGACAUUUAAUAUUUGGGAGAUUUUUUUAUUUUUUUAUCCCCCUAACACAAACAUGUCAUAUUUAUAAUUAUUUAUACAUUUUAAAUAAAUGCAUGUGGUGAUCUGGUCUGACAAAAUUUUAGGUUAGAAAAUGUUUUGUUUUCAUUUUUUUAAGAUGCAGUGUAUUGUAUUGCAGUGUACAGUGUAUCGUCUUCAAAAUGUUGGCUGACACUUUUUAUUUUAGAGCAUAAAAACUCAAUGUAUGUCUGGGUCAAAAUGACUCAAAGUGAUGGAUCAGUUCCCAUAUGAUCUUAGGAUCUUUCUGAAAGCCAUUUAGUUCAUUACAAUAUGCCAUUCUAAGGUUGGUCAUUCUUUAUGGUACGGUGAGUGCUAAAAUACUGCAGUAUUUACCACAGAACAACUUGCACCACCUGUUAUUUUAGAUAUUUUUACAUUUCAAAAAUGUACUAUUUGGAAUAUUAGAAGACAACCUAAUAAACUGUAACAGGAAACUGUUUGUUAUUGGAUUCUUUAUUUCAAAGUCUUGCAUUUAAGAUCCUGGAAGGUUAUUUAAUAUAAUUUCUUACAGGUUUGGGAAACAAAACAAAUUAAAUGUACAUUAAUUAUAUGGAGAACUUAUCCAUCAGCCAUUUCAUCAAUCAAUUUAACAUGAUUUGUUUAGUCUCCGCCAGAGCAAUAACACAUUCUUACUGUAAGAAGUAUUCCAAAGGAACAAAAAGUCAACAUGAAAUUGCAAUGUACAAUGUACUGUAUCCAUUGUAACUAAAUCUGAUGAUAAAGCUUUUUUAGUAUA